AUGAUAUGCAAAGAGAAAAUAGAUAUCCACAAAUUGUUUGCUGAUUUAGAUAUGUCAAAAGAUAAAGCUCUGGAUGUUAAUGAAUUGGGAAAGUUCUUGAUGAAAGUUGAUAAAGAUAUUACAAGAUAGAAGAUUGAUUAUAUAAGAAUCAAACCGAAUUUAAAAUUUGGUUUAAAGAUAAUUAUGCAUUCCAAUUAGAAUAUAUAUUAGUUUAUCCUUAAUGGGAAUGCUUAAUAAUAAUAAAGAAAUGGAUCUUAUAAAAAAUUAUCAAACUUACCACAUUAAUUAAAAUCUUAAGAUUCUAUUCAUGAAAAGAACUAAUCAAUUUUAGAGAAAUUAAAAUUGUCAAUCUAAAAAUAGAAAAAAAUUUAUAAGACCUCUAAGUAUCAAAAAUUAUAAAGUAUUAUAGUUUGAUAAAUGUGCUAAUCAGAGACUGGAUAAAAAUUAUUGUUAAAAAGAAUAGAGCCUCAUAUAACUUAAGUAGAAAUAAUUGUUGGUUUUUGCUUUUAUUGAUGAAAAUGGUGAUCGCGAUAUUAAUUUCUAAGAAUUUUAAUAAGUUUAAGUGA